CUUGGGAUGAAAAGUGGGAAAGUAAACAAAUAAAGCGAAAUUCAUUGUUUUUAGUGUUUUAUUGAUUAAAAUCAGUACCUAAUUAGGCAGUUUUAUAAACAUGCUAGCUGGCGUUGUAAACUAAAAGCUAAUUUUACAAGCGAGCACAGUCAUGUAUCAUCCUAAUCAACAGUUCAUGAAUGGAUACACUUAUCCCCAAUUUUUCGGUAUUCCAACCGAAACUGUGUCAUGUAUGCAACAAAACACAGCAAGAGCUUCAUCUUCAAGUUCUGACGAUGCGUCGGAUCCGCCAGCAGCGAAGGCAAAACGUGAAAAAGCGGUCAAAAAGAAGGCGAGUGGUGAUGGAGACGGAAAGAAGAAACUGGAUACGUCGGGGUUCUCGAUAGAGGAGCGCAUAGUGGCCGCGGCCUGGGUACACGAGCGCUACCACACGCGCACCUCCAUGGGACAGAUAAAACAGCAGUUUGAACUGCGUUUCGGGCGGCCGGCACCAGCCAAGAACACGCUGGUAGUGUGGGAGCGCAAACUCUUCGCUUCCGGCUCCAUCCACGACGCGCCGCGCGCGGGCCGACCCGCCAAGAGGAAGCUGGAGCCGAGCGAGGUGUCGGAGUCGCUGGCGACGUCGCCCGCGCUGUCCGUGCGCGCGCGCGCCGCCGAGCUCAACGUGCCGCGCUCCACGCUGCGCGCGCUCAUGCGCCAUCUGCCCGGCCCCGGCGAGCCCAAGCCGGCGAAACCAAAGGCGCCACGAAAACGCACCAAACCCACAGUACCAGCGCAGCCGCUCUUCUAG